AAGGUUCCAUGUGGCAGGAUGGACCAGCGUUUCUACGACAACCUGUGGGAGAAUGGCCACAUAAGUCAGCCAAAGAAGUCGCCACAUAUGCCAAAGAAGGCAUAAAUAAACUUCAGAGGAAAGCUUUCUCAGCAGCACUGACUAGAAUGCAGGCCAAGAAAGACAAGAGGGAUGUACAGCAAGCUAACCCAGAUGAAUCUAAGAUUCAGAUCCGAAGAUUACCAAGCGGCUCUGCAGUAACUAAUCUGAUUGACAUCAAGAAAUUCAGCAAUCUGACCAGGCUGAUCCGGGUCAUUGCCUGGGUUUGGAGAGCUGCACGAAGAUGGAAAGAGUUGUUGAACAAGAAUUCAGCCUCAGAUAAACCAAAGUGGGAGGGAGCUUUUUCAACAAAUUGGAGGUCCAGAGCCAAACAAGCUGUACUCACUGUCGGGGAGUGUAGAGAUGCACUAAGAGACCUGUUCCUUGCAGCUCAAGAAGGUAUAACCUUUCAAGACACCACUCUCAACAGACUCGCUGUUUAUAAAGAGAAAGAGACUGGGCUUUUAGUUUGUGGAGGAAGGUUCCAGACUUUUGAUGAGGACAAAACUGCUGUACCCAUUCUACCCUAUGAUGCGUGGAUAUCCACUCUCCUAGCUCAAGAGGCUCAUAGUGAAAAUCAUGAAGAAAUAGCCGGCACACUUCUCCGGAUGAGGAAAAAAGCCUGGAUAGUGAAAGGUCGAAAGCUGGCUAAAAAGAGUCUUGAUAGCUGUAUUGUGUGUAGAAAGGCUAGGGCCAGAAAGUGCCAACAGAUCAUGAGUGACCUUCCAUCUGAGCGGAUAACACCAGCCAGACCAUUUGAGUAUACAACGGUGGACUUGUUUGGACCGUAUGAAGUCAAGGACGAGGUGAAGAAGAAAACAAAGCUCAAGGUGUGGGGAAUUGUCUUCUGUUGCAUGUCAUCCAGAGCUAUACACACAGAUGUUGUCAGUGACCAGUCAACUGAAGGCUUCCUAAUGGCUUACCAGAGAUUCACAGCACUGAGAGGGCACCCAAAGAAACUGUGGUCAGAUCCUGGAAAGAAUUUUGUGGGUGCCAGACCUGCACUGAAAGAACUCUAUCUCUUCCUGGAUCAACUAAAUAAGUCUGAGCUUGAGAAUGAAGCUUCCUUGCAUGGAACAGAAUGGAGCUGGAAAAUCCACCCAGCAGACUCCCCUCACAGAAAUGGAGCUGCAGAAGCAGCUGUUCACACAGUGAAGCGGGCUUUGUACAACCUGGGAGGAGAAGGACUCUUUACAUGGAGUGAGUUUCAGACAUUUAUAUAUAUGGCUGCUAACCUGGCCAAUGAAAGGCCUGUAGAUGCCAGAACUCAAAGCCGGGAAGACUGCAUAGAAUAUGUCAGCCCAAAUUCCCUUUUACUUGGACGAACUGGACCCAGAGGAGAUUUUGGAUGCUUUGACUUUGAAAACUACCCAUACAAGAGGCUGAGAGCUAUCCAAACAGAAGUUGACCGGUUCUGGAAGUGGAGUCAGUUAGCUGGGCCCAAUCUAUUUGUGAGAAGUAAAUGGCACACAACCCAUAGGAACGUGACUGUUGGAGAUGUUGUCUGGCUUGCUGACCAAAAUGCCUGGAGGGGCCAGUACAAACUUGCUAGAGUCAUCAGUGUCAGUAUUGACAAGAAGGGCAUCGUCAGAGAUGUACAUGUCAGAACUUUUCCCAGCUAUCCAGUCCCAACUGUGAAGCCUUUCCAAAGAGAUAAAGUGAAGAAACUGUCAACCAAAAUCCCUUCUACAAUCCUUCAUAGGGAUGUAAGACGACUGAUUGUUUUGCUUCCUUUAGAAGAACAAAAUCAAGAACAAAAGUGAAAGUGUUGAAGGUGAUUGGAGUGACCUCCUUAGGUUCAUUAACCAGGAGGUCAAGUGGGAGGUGUUUCGGCAAAACAAUGAGGUUUUUCUUUAAAUUCUGUCAUACUCAAAAAUUCCUGUAGAGGACAGUGCAGUGUGGUGACUGGGCAGGAACCAUUGAGAGGGUUUGUUUCCAAGGGGGCACAAUAAAGUGGUGCACCACAAGAGCACAUGCAGGUGAAAAGUUUGGAGAAGAUCUCUUGCUGGACUUGCAACGAAUUUCACCCACAUUCAGUUAAAACUAAUUCAAACUUGAAGACGCAACUGCCUGCUCCGCCCUGGCCACGCCCUCAGCCUGCUCCGGCCUGGCCACGCCCUCAUCCUGCUCCGCCCUGGCCACGCCCUCAUCCUACUCCGCCCUGGAGGGCCUCCUACUCCAGACCACGCCCUCCACAGCCUCCAGGGCACCCACCCCCCCUCCCCGUUGAUGUUACGGUGUGAGGUCACGCCUACCG